AUGUCUGGAGCAGCUAGCAGGCCGUUGGGGAAACUGAGGCUGAUCCAGCACAAGGCAGAGGCGUUUUGGUUCUACAGAUAUCUCUCCAUUGUAUACGACAAGAUCGUGAAUCCAGGGCAUUGGACAGAGGAUAUGCGGGAAGACGCCCUCAAGCCCGCACAGCUGACCUCUCCUGACCUCGACGUUGUUGAUGUCGGAGGGGGAACGGGAUUCUGCACCUUAGGGAUCGUUAAAGCAGGAGUCCGCCCUGAGAAGAUCGUUUUGAUGGAUCAAUCUCCCCACCAGCUGGAAAAAGCAAGAGCGAAGAAGGGUCUUGAAGGCGUUACCAUCAUGGAAGGAGAUGCUGAAGAUCUUCCGUUCGAGACUGACUCAAAAGACCGCUAUGUCUCCGCAGGAAGCAUUGAGUACUGGCCUGAUCCCCAACGAGGAAUCUGCGAGGCGUAUCGUGUCGUCAAGCCUGGUGGGAUCGCCUGCUGCAUCGGUCCUGUCCAUCCUACCUUCCCACUUUCACGAAUCUUUGCGGAUUUAUGGAUGCUGUUUCCCACCGAGGAAGAAUACAUCGAAUGGUUCACGAAGGCGGGUUUCGAGGAUGUCAAGAUUACUCGCAUCGGUCCCUGGUGGUAUCAUGGCGUCAGAAGGCACGGUCUCAUCAUGGGAUGCUCUGUGACGGGUAGAAAACCGGAGGCUGGAUUACCGAAGCUGCAGCUUGGUCCCAAGGAAGAGAAGCAAGCAACCAAGAAAGACAGCUCGGCCUUGAAUAUUCUGCGUAAAUGUCUCAUUCUGGGAACUCUGGGAGGAUUUUAUUACUUCUUGGUGCCUGUUUACAUGUUCCUCAAGCACCUGCUCAUUUCCCCCAUUGCCUUGUUCUGGAAGGAUGCUCACAAGAAACUCAUGUGA